AUGAGUCAAGAACAGCCAAGUAAACCGGAGGCCGUCAAAUACGGCGACGUUUUCGACGUCUCCGGCAAGCUGGCCUCCCAGCCCAUCACCCCACAAGAUGCCUCCGCCCUUCAGUCGGCCGAGAACAUCGUCCUCGGCCACACACCCGCCGGCGGGCCCGCCGCCGCCAUGCAGUCUGCCGCCGACCUCAACACCCGCCUCGGGGCCGUGGGCCCCGGUGACAUAAGCAACGUCGUCAGCAGCCAGGGAGUUACUGUGGCCCAAGCCGAUAUCGGAGGAUAUCAAGUCAUCACCGAAGCUAUCGGCGGACAAGUGGUCGGAGAAUACGGUCGGCCAACAGAUGUGAAAAUGAUGACACCCGGUUCGGUCCUUGAAUCCGAGGCCAUAACCAUAGGCGAAGCACUUGAAGCGACGGCACUAUCUGCCGGAGAUAAACCGGUGGAUGUGAGUGAUGCCGCCGCUAUAGCGGCCGCCGAGGUCCGGGCCACCGGGUUGGGCCACGUGGUGCCAGGUGGCGUAGCCGCAGAAGCCCAAUCCGCGGCUGCCUACAAUGUUGGAGUCACCCGAGAGAAAGACAAAGCCAAGCUUGGAGAUAUAUUGGCGGAUGCGACUACGAAGCUGACCGAUGACAAGGCCGCGACUAGGGAAGAUGCAGAGGGAGUGAUAUUUGCGGAGGUUCGGAAUAAAGUUGACAUGGCCACACACCCUGGCGGCGUGGCGGCUUCGGUGGCAGCGGCAGCAAGGCUUAAUCAGGAGAAGUGA